AUGUUGGCCUUAUCCUGCGCCGCCCCUGCUUCUCCUGCGCGCACACUCAGGCGUACCAAAGCCAUUGUUGCAGUGCGCUCAAGCUCUCUAAUCUCCAUUACUUAUCAUCAACCUGAUCAACCCUUUGUUCCAGAGGUUGAAAAAGCAGUGGAUUCUUUGUACAAGGAGUUCCGAGCUGUGGAUAAUCUAGUGGCUCGCAACACCGCUCGUGUUCUCAGAGCUUACCAGAAUGCUCGGGUUGGGCCUCAUCACUUUGGUGGUUGCACAGGAUAUGGCCAUGAAGAGGCUGGGGGACGUGAGGCCCUUGAUCAAGCCUUUGCAGAAAUUUUUGGUGCGGAAUCUGCAAUCAUUCGUUCGCAGUUUUUCUCUGGUACUCAUGCUAUCACUUGUGCCUUGUUUGCUUUUCUGAGGCCAGGGGAUGAGCUUUUGGCAGUUGCUGGUGCUCCUUAUGAUACCUUGGAGGAAGUAAUUGGUAUCAGGGACUCUCAUGGGUUGGGUUCCUUGAAGGAUUUUGGAGUAGAGUAUCGAGAAGUCCCACUUGCAGAGGAUGGCGGGCUUGACUGGAAUGCACUUGAGGUAGCUUUGAAGCCUCACACAAAAUGUGCACUCAUACAGAGAUCAUGUGGAUAUUCAUGGCGGUGCAGUUUGAGCGUGUAUGAGAUUGGGAGGGCAAUAAAGAUGAUCAAGAGUCAGAAUCCAAAUUGCUUGGUCAUGGUGGAUAACUGCUACGGUGAAUUUGUGGAACACAUUGAACCUCCCAUGGUGGGUGCAGAUCUAAUUGCAGGUAGUUUAAUUAAAAAUCCUGGCGGAACCAUUGCACCAUGUGGUGGAUAUGUUGCCGGGAAGGAAAAAUGGGUAAAAGCUGCAGCAGCUCGUCUCUCAGCCCCGGGACUCGGGGUUGAUUGUGGCUCGACCCCUGGUGAUAUAAUGCGAGCAUUUUUCCAGGGUUUGUUCCUUUCACCUCAAAUGGUUGGGGAAGCCAUAAAGGGAAGCUUUCUGAUUGCUGAAAUCAUGGCAGCAAAAGGGUAUAAAGUGCAGCCACUUCCUCGGGUUCCUCGUCAUGAUACAGUACAGGCAGUACAACUUGGAAGCCGUGAGCGACUCCUUGCUUUCUGCGAGGCUGUCCAAAAAAGUUCCCCGGUUGGUUCUUUCACCAAGCCAGUUGCGGGUUCAACUCCAGGUUAUGCAUCAGAGGUGAUUUUUGCUGAUGGAACAUUUAUUGAUGGAAGUACAAGUGAGCUUUCAUGUGAUGGACCACUAAGGGAACCAUUCUCUGUGUUCUGUCAGGGAGGUUCCCAUUGGAUUCAGUGGGGACUUGUUCUAGGGGAGGUCUUAAAAUCUCUAUAG